UUGUUGCAGGCAGAAGGGGCGUGGCCAUGUCACAGAGUGGCGGCUGUCAGCUGGCGCCGGGGGUGGGCGGGGCCAGCUCGGCGGCUGCGCAGUUUGUGACGGGGGGGGGGGGGAAAGGCUCGGCGAGGCGGCGAGCGGUGCGAUGUCGGCCCGCGGCGUGCAGAUGGAGGGCGGCAAGCAGCUCUUCGCUCAGGCGUCCGCCGUCUCUAUUCACACCGGCAACAUCGUCAACUGGAGCCGGCUGAAGAAGAAGUGCCCGACCUCGCCGAGCGAGGAGUUGCAGGACUGUAUCCGUGAGACUCUGGAGAAGUGGUGCACCCAGGUCAACCCAGAGCUGCUGAAGGAUCCACCUGCUACAUUGGAAUGUACCAUUUCUCAGGAUGUAGACUCAAUAAGCCCUGAGGAGAGGGAGGAAGUGAAAGUGUCAGCCAAACUUUUCCUCAAUGACCCCGACUCCUCAGGCAUUAAGGACGCUGUGGAAAAAGCUUGUUCGGCACUUGCAGUAUCACAGCUGGACUCUGUGAUACUUGCUCCCCCUCCACUUGCAGAUGGAGCCUGUCUUUCUCUUGCACACCUGCAACCUUAUUGGGAAGAGCUGGAAACUCUGGUUCGAAGUCAAAGCAUUGUAGCAAUUGGUACCUCUGAUUUGGACAAAGCUCUUUUAGAGCAACUUUAUCAGUGGGCUCAGGUGAAACCUAGCAGCAACCAGGUAAAUUUGGCUUCCUGUUGUGUGAUGCCACCAGAGCUUACUGCCUUUGCUAAAGAAUAUGACAUACAGUUACUGACUCACAGUGACCCUAAAGAAUUGAUACCCACGUUAAGCUUUCAAGAGGCUGUCAUUGCCAGCAUGCAAGACAAUCUGGCAUAUGAAUGGAUAACUAAGUGGGUACUACGGUAUUCAGUAAUUGUUAAAAGCAGAGGAAUUAUUAAAUCAAAGGGCUACUUUGUAUAUGCUAAAAGAAUUCAUUAUUAACAUCGUCUUUGACAAGUCAGCUAGUUGAAAUAGCACUUUUAUGAACCAUUUUAUGCAUGAUAUGCAAAGGAGGAAUUUCUGGAAGCUGCACUACUGACCAAAUGCCUUUUGAUCUUUCUUGAUCUAUUAGUGGGUCCAAGACAAAUUUUAAAAAUGAAAAAAAUGAGCUGAAAAGAAUAGAUUGCAAAACCAAAUUGUUUUGCAUAUUGUAUAUGGUUUUUACCUGUUGAUUUAGUUGACUGUUCUGUUAAGUACUUUUUCCUUUUUAAAAUACUUCUGGUUUAAAGAUAUGUGAAGAAUGUAUUUUUUGUAGUUCAUAUUUUUUUGGGAACAAGUCAUGGGUACAUUCUAAAAAAAACACUAAUACAAUGCAAGAAAAUCUUCAAGUAGGUGCAGAUUUAUUUACACAAUCUACCUGAACUGGCCUCUGUCUGAACCUUUGUGUUCAAAAUAAAUUGGCAAAUUGCUAAGUUAUUGCUACUUAUGCAAUUAAACAUUUUCAAAGUGGUUUUUAUUGAUAUAAUUUUCCAAGAACUGAACCUGUGCUACUGUACUAAAUAUACUAUGAAGUUUAGGGUUACGGCAUACAAGGCAGUAAUGUUUCAGAAAAUCUUGUUUUGAUGGUUUACUGUUAUCUUAUAACCAGAAAGCCUUGACGUGAAGUUAUUUGUAAUGGAGUGAAAUGUUUUAAAUUCUCUCCCACAUGCCUGUCUCUCAUUCUCCACUAACUUAAGAUUUGCUAACAAAAGGAUGUUUCAUUGUGUGAAUUUCAUUGGUAAGCAGAAAUUAGACAACUGGACUCUGGUGCUUGCCUGGAAAAGGCUUGCAGAACAACAACAGGCCAGACUCACCUGUGGUUAAUUUUUUGCAAAUCACUGACUCUUGGUGAUGCCAUAUUGAUUACUUUUUGUUCAACUUCAAAAUUAAGAUUUCUUUCUUGUGUAAAAACAAGGUCAUCACAAAAUUGUAUUUCCUGGCAUGUAGCAUUACUGUCCUUGAUGUUAUCAUUUUGGCAAGUUCAAUGUCUAUUUUGGCUGUGAUGCACUGAACUGGAGGCAAGUUUGUUGUCAUAAUGUAGGUUAUAUUGAGUGGGACAGAGUAAAGUGGCAGUGGAUUUGCUCUGGGCUCUUUUCAUUGUGUCAAAUACAGUGGUGUUGUCCACCAAUAAUUGGUGAAAUAGGUAACAGUUUAAAAUGCUGUCAUCAUUCUGCAUGCAUGAUUGCAUCAUGUUAGCCACUUUUUUUUUGUGGGCAAGGACUUUUGGAGUAAAGGCCAAGUUCAAAUAUAAUUUAACCACAAGUAGUGGCUUCAACCUACAUAUUCAUCUACUUUCUGCCCUUGAAAGUUUUGACCAUAAAUCAUGGGGAUGCACACUGCAGCAUUAUCCUUAAAAGUUGAUUGAAAUUGUAACUUGGGGCCACUUUGGCCAUAACUUCUAGUUUUAAAACAGGCAAUCAAUUUUGUGCUUAACAUUUUAGGCUGAAGUACUAUUACAAGAUUGAAUGUACAAUAGUUCCAAUGAAAUAGUAAAUAUUUGGAAAUGGUGAAAUCUAUGAAAAUGUUAUAUUUUGUUUACUUGGCCAUGUAAUGCAUUUUAAGUGAUUUGCACAUUAAAAGUGUGAUCUAAA